GACAUGGGCGUUUAUGUGACCGCACUAUCCGCCGUAGUGGGACUACUGGCAGUGUCUACAUGUCCGUCUGCUGCUCGAUGGCCCAUGUCGACUUCUAGGGGCUUCAAGACAUCUUCCUUGUCGUGUUCGACAUGAAACUUGAUGGAAUCAAGACUACAAAUGGUUGCGGAACGGAGAUAGCGGGUGGUCCGUGCCCUAAGAGCGUGGGAAAGAUUGCAAUAACGAGCUGAUGUUGCGGUGCGCUGGCUAUUGGGCUCAUUUUCUCUCUUGCUCGUCGUCGCCGUCGUCGUCGCCAUCGUCGCCGCUGUUGUCGUCGUUGGCUUUUUACAGCUCCCCGCUGUCGACGCCCCCUUCCUCUCUUGCUCUUCACCGUCUCUUGGUCGCUGCACCUCCCGUUUCGUAGCGUCCGGCUUCCACUUCCGGGCCUCAUUCCAAUAACGGGUCUUCCUUUCGUUUCGCAUUCGCACACAAGGGCUUGCAGCGUGAUUCGUGAAUUCCAAGAGAUUAUUUUGCCUCUUUAAAUAAUCUCCCUAUAUCUACGCACUCUACCCUCUCUUCUCUGUGCGUCUCCCUUCUUUUUUUCGCAGCCAACUCGCCCACAUUCCUUAUCCCCCAUCCUCUCAUCACACUCGUUCUAACUUGUCUUUUCUAUCCUUUUUGUGAUCCCUCUGUCUGUCUCUUGUCCUCCGUUGCCUGUAUCUUCCUCCGCUCAUUUACUCAUUCCCAUCAUCACUCGCUUCGACAUGGACGACUCCCAGGCAGCUUUUGCUACCCAGUAUCAACAGUACGGGCUUGAUAUAGACAUGAUGAAGGUAUGUCUCUCCGUUCUUUCUUCCAGAGCGUUGUGCUUGGUACUCGAUCUCGGCCUUCGACGUGGCAGUAGUAUUAUGGCGACAAUCAUCAGCACCUGUGCUUCUUUUCGAUAUACUCACUCCGAGGGUGGCGUGGCAACCGUUUCACUUUCGUUGUGGACGCUCGCCUCAUAGGUCUAUGGAUUCCGUUGGUGGCCCUGAUGCCAAAAAGGCCCGUUGGUCUCCCACAUCUUUUGUUGGCGCAAAUGGUGCAAACGGUCUCGCAGGCGCUGGCGCAAACGCUGUUCGUGAUGCCUUCGCUAACUACGGUUACGGCCCUCAAGCCAGCAUCUCCCAGUCUGGCUUCAACAACAACUCUCCGCCGAAUACCUUUGCUACUGGCAAUCCCCUCUACUCUACGCCUUCGUUAAACAUUAACACCCAGGCAUCUCCCAAUGGCAUGCAAUCCCAAAUGAGCCCCAACACUGGUGGUCCCUUUACACCUCAGAACCAACAGACACCAGCUAGCGCAAACGGUAAUGCUUAUGGUGGAUUUGGAGGAUACAAUAUGCUCGGCAUGGGUAUUCCGGGCAUGGGUGUUUUGAACGGCUUCCCUUACAACGGUCAGAUGGGCAACUUCGGCCAGAAUAAUUCCCCCCAGCAACGCCUACCGUCUUUAACGAUUCCUCAACCACAGGUGUCACCAUAUUCACCGGCCGCUUUGAGCGCAGCGAUGAGUGCUCAAGGAAAUGCUACGGGACGUACCGUCUAUGUCGGCAAUCUCCCCGCUACUGCAUCUGUCGACGAACUUUUAAACCUCGUUCAUUUCGGCCCUCUUGAGUCGAUUCGAGUACUUCCUGAGAAGUCCUGUGUUUUCUUGUCAUUCUUGGAUGGCGCCACUGCCGCUGCCUUCCAUGCAGAUGCUGUGAUCAAGAAGCUCUCGCUUCACGGCCAAGAGCUUAAGAUUGGUUGGGGCAAGCCUUCGCCUGUACCCAGCCAGGUCGCUCUUGCGAUUCAACAGAAUAAUGCGAGCAGGAAUGUCUACCUUGGUGGACUUGAUGAGAACACGACAGAAGAGCAACUCCGAGAUGAUUUGAGCAGGUUUGGUCUUAUUGACCAAGUGAAGAUUGUCCGCGAUAAGAACAUUGGUUUCGUGCAUUUCUUGAGCAUUUCCACUGCUAUCAAGGUUGUUGGUGCUCUCCCGUCUGAGCCUGCAUGGGCAGGCAAGCGUGUCAACUUUGGCAAAGAUCGUUGCGCAUAUAUCCCUAAAUCUCAACAAGCCGCUGCCCAAGCUGCUCAGGCAGCAGCCGCACAGUCCCUCGUUGCGCAAUCAGCAGCUUCCUUGACGCCUAUUCAGACUCAACAACUCGGCGGGUUCGGAGGUGGUUUCGCAGCAUCUCCUAUGACGCCGUAUCUGCCAUUCGGUGCUGAGGCUUUGAGCGGGUUGGCAGGUACACAGGCACUGAACAGGACUGUGUACUUGGGUAACAUUCACCCUGAGACAACCGCUGAGGAUUUGUGCAAUGCUAUUCGUGGUGGUGUGUUGCAGAGCUUGAGGUAUAUGCAGGAUAAACACAUUGCUUUUGUUACCUUUGUUGAUCCUGCGGCCGCCUUGACUUUCUUCCAGGUAGCAUCGUAUCAGGGCUUGACUUUGAACAACAGGCGGUUGAAGAUCGGCUGGGGUAAGAACUCCGGACCGCUCCCUCCUGCUCUGGCCCUUUCGGUGCAUGCAGGAGCGACUCGUAAUGUGUACGUCGGGAACAUUGAAGACUUUGACUCUUUCAACGAUGAGAAGUUGAAGAGAGACUUUGGCGAAUACGGUGACAUCGAGCUUGUUAACUUCUUGAAGGAGAAGAACUGUGCAUUCGUGAACUUCACGAACAUCUCUAACGCUAUCAAAGCUAUCGAGGGCAUUAAGAACAAGCCUGACUACGCCAAUUUGCGUAUCGCACACGGCAAGGAUCGUUGCGCAAACCCUCCGCGAUCCGGUCCUCAGGGCGGUUCCAUGAGGCGUUCAGCCAGCGGAAAUGGUCCGAACUCUGCUGCUCCAUUGAGUGCAGUUGAGCAGGACAGCGGAGUUAGUUUCGACCAUCUCGCAGUCGACGGUGGUGAGCAAGUCGCGGAGCCUGUCAAGGUCGAAGAUGCGCUGUAAUAAAUGGCAAACCUAUAUCAUGUUCUGACGCGUUCACUCACGUCUCGCUUCGACACUUUUUAUUUGCUAUUUGGAUACCCCUCUUUGCGCUCUGUCGACUUUUGCUACGCUCGUAACGUAUGGCAUAUGUAUGUGCAAGAUGUGCAUACCAUCACGUUAUGCCAUCGCCACACCUGGUUGUCAUUGCUCAUUUCCUCGAUAUCUCUCCGUCUCCUCUCCUCGCUCUCGAAACACUACAUACCGCGGACGAUGGUCAUCCUAAUCUCGCCAAAAUACCUCUCCUUCACGAGAGGAUGGAAAAGAAGUUGGUUCGGAAUCCGCUACGCAUGCACGAGAUGUCGUCCUCAUACCCUAACCUUUGACUUCUCGUCAUUGAGGGCUACAUCGAAUGCUUAUGCGGACUUUUGGGCUAUUGGUUGUCUUUCCUCUUUAUAAACUUGACUUUCGUCUAUAUGCCAGCUUUUUUAUUUUGUGCUCCUUUCUCUUUUUCUUUCUUUCUUUUCUUUGUGAUUUCCUUUUCGUUCUUACCCUUCGCUUCGAGGCUCCAUAUAUCUUGGGCUCUUUGUGCCUGCUGUCGCUCUUUGCUUGUGAAAUAUGAUGUCCCAUCCUCGAGUCUCAUCCCCUGACCCUCCAUCUAGUACCCACUACAGCCCCUCGUCUGACUAUACCGGUACGAUACUUGCGGUGAAACGCACUGUUGGUUGAUAUAGCGAUUGCCAUAAUACUGCUGUGUAUCUCUCACCUCACAUAUCAAUGUAAUUCUCUCUCCCUCGGUUACCUUAUUCCCCGACUUUCUGUCCGCUAUUCUUCGGGUUGAAAGCGAACAUCUCUCAACGGCGAUGGUAUGAAGUCCUUAUUCGAUUCCGAGCUGUACAUGUAUACUAAGCAUGCGAUGAACAG